CUUUUUCAACAUUUUUGUCACUUUUCCUCUUUUGAGCCAACUCUGAUUAAUAUUCAAUAAUAGUUUUCUCUUGGUCAGCUCUUCAGACACCUUCAGAACUGGCUAAAAUGGCAUCUCCAGCAGCUUGGGGGAUACUCUUCCUCUUAUUUGCAUCGUGUACCGGGAUUAAAAUCCAGUUUGACAAGGUUUGGCAGAAAUUGAAAACAGGGCUGAGUUUUCCAGUCGCACUGAAUAUGGCUCCAAAAUCCGUUGAUGACAUGUACAAUGGCUGUGAAAGUGAAAUGGAGAGGCUUAUAAAUGAAAAGUAUUUACCAAGAGAGCAAAAAAAUAAGAACUUCUUGGAUGCCUGGGCUGCAGCAGGAAGAUAUUACAACAGUAAAUCGUGGCCUACCUCAUUGCUAAAAAAACCCCAAAUCAUGGCUGUUUAUGCUUACACCCUUAAUGAUCCACCAUUAUAUAAAGAAUUCAACAAAGCAGUCCGAGCACAAAGGGCUAAGUACAAAACUGAUUUUCAAUAUCACACACUUCACUUCUAUCUUACCAUGGCCCUGCGCUCCCUCAAAAACAGUGCAAGAGAAUGUGUCACUAGUUACCGGCGAACAGGCUCCAAAUUCAAAAAAAAUGUUCUUAAUAAAGAAAUUCGCUUUGGUGCUUUUACCUCUAGUUCAGCGGGUGGCUAUAGCGACAAAACGUUUGGUACUGAAUCAUGCUUUGAGAUAUACACCUGCUUUGGAGCAGACAUCUCUGGUUACUCCGAAUUUGAAGAGGAAAAAGAGGUCCUGAUCCCUCCCUAUGAGGUUUUCAAAGUAAAGGAGAUAAAGCAAGGAUCCACCAAGACACUUCCAUGUAAGGUUGUCUAUAGGCUGCAGAGCACAAAAAAAACCCUUUCUAAAUUAAACUGUGCACUCUCCUCACAUCUGCAUGGUUAUUAAACAAAUAUCCAAGAUAGAACAGUAGUGCUAUGCACAGUUGGACAUACUGUGAGAUUUAUUACAUACAGUCUACCCAAAUUUAUUAUGUACAUAGGCUUAAGCUAUGUCAAUUAUAAUGCGUAUGGAAUUCCAUAAAUGCAGAGACUAAUAAAAAAUAAUUAUAUAAAUGUGUCAAUGUUCUCAAUUCAUUUUAAAUAUGUUAUUUU